AUGGCGGCGGUCUACCCGGAGUCCCUCGACUCCUCCCCUCGCUCCCGCCAGAACGACUCCUGGGACACUGAUCGGUCUGAUCCUCUUCCGCCGCCGCAAAAGCUCCGAUUCAUGUGCAGCUAUGGCGGCCACAUAGUCCCCCGCCCCCACGACAAGACCCUCUGUUACAUCGGCGGUGACACCCGCAUCAUCGUCAUCGACCGCCACACGUCCCUCGCCGACCUCCGCCAACGUCUCUCCAAAACCCUUCUCCACAACCAGCCCUUCACCCUAAAGUACCAGCUCCCCAACGAGGACUUGGACUCCUUAAUCUCUGUCUCCUCCGAUGAAGAUCUCGAGAACAUGGAGGAGGAGUACGACCGCCUCAAUAAUCCCUCCGCCGGGUUGAAGAACGGCCGCCUCCGUCUCUUCCUGUUCCCCCAGACCUCCUCCAGUAGCAUCGAGCAGCUUCUGGUUGAGACCUCGUCGACCAAAUCGGAGGACUGGUUCUUUAACGCCCUCAACGGCAAGGCGAGUACUUUGUCCGCCGGCGCCAGUGAUCGUGGUUUUUCCGAGUCUUCAUCUGUCAAUUGUCUCCUCGGAUUGGACGACGAUUUAGUCGGGAAGGCCGUGGUGGGGCCAAAAAACGUCGAAGCCCAAAUCGAGGGUUCUAAAUCUUGCGGAAAUGUGAACGUUAACGUCAGCAAUCAAGAUGUGAACUCGGUCCCCGAUUCUCCAGUGCUUGAAACGACGUCGUCCUUUGGGUCCACCUCGAGUUCUCCGUCAGUGGCCAAUUUGCCGCCGAUUAGGGUUCAUGUGGAGGAGAACCCGAAGGUUGGAAUUGAGGAUCAGUUUCAGCAGAUGAAUUUGGGGGUUGUUGGCAACGUGAAUUUAGUGGCGGCGCAUAAGCCGGAGGAGGCUGGGGGUCUGGCGGCGGCGGCGGGGCAGGUGGUUUCUGGGGUACCAGUGGUUGUCGGCGGUGAGUACCCCAAUCUCACUCGGGUUAUCUCCGAUGAUGAAAGAUCGGAUCACGGUGGGUGCAGAAAGGUACAACAGGUUCAGCAACAGGUACAACCACAGCUGCCCAUUCCUCAGUUCCAGCAGAGGCAAGCUACUACCUUUGAUUUAGCUUCCCCAGAUUCAGUUUCAAGUGAAGGAAGUAUGACAAACCCAUUGUCCAGACAGAGACAAGCUAUGUAUCAAGAUUCAAUCUUGCAAUUACAAUCUGUAAACACUAAGGUUGCUGCUAAUCAGCCCGAUCCAAAACCCGUGGAUCAAAAUAACACUAAAAUUGAAAUGCAACCCCAAGUUCAAGAAUCAUCGACCUAUGUGUUAUCCAGCCAAUACGAACAAAAUCAAACUCGGUUACAUCACCCACAGCAAUUUCUUCAUGCUGGCAAUCAUCAAUAUAUUCGUUCGGGACCUGUCCCCAUGGCAUCUUAUUACCCAAUUUACACUCCUCAGCAGCAAAAUAAUCCACACCAGCCCACAAUGGAUCAGCAAUACCCUUUUUAUUUUGUUCAAGCUAGGCCAGCCCCAGGGUACAACAUUCCAAUGCAGCAAACGAAUUACAAUGAAUUAGCACCAAAUGCUCCUUCUGGUCGACCCCAAACACCUCCUUCUAAGCCUGAAAUUGUUUAUCAGACAGCAAUUGGGUCGGGCCAGCAAUUGAUCCAGCCCCAGUACGUUGGGUUCACCCAAAUUCAUCAUCCAUCCCAAUCGGUUGCACCCUCGUCAGCCACAAAUACAACUUAUGCUUAUGAAUUUACUGAUCCUAAUCAUGCUCAGAUGUAUUAUAACCAGGCCCUGCCGCCUCAAUUGGCUGCUCACUACCAGACUCUUACGUCGGCCCCUGCUUUGGUUGAUGCAUCCGGUCAGGUACCUUUGGAGAAUAUCAAGCAGCAACAGAGGAAUUUGCAGCAGUGA